AAUAAAACAUAACAGAAUCAGAAACGCACACUAAUUAGAUCUCUCACAGAGACAUAUACGCAUGCAUGCAUACACAACAUACAAAAAACAAAACACAAACUCUCAUCAUCUUUCUCGUUUCAUUAUGCCUGCAAUCAUGAUUUGUUGGUCUCUUAACCCGCAUGCUCCUCCACCUUUAUAUCCUCCAAAAUCUCUCCUAUAAAUACCACUUCUCAUCCACUUAUCACCACUACCUCUCUCUACACACACAAAGCCAAGAUCCUCUGCUCUGAAUCUUAUUGCAACUUCCUCUGUUCUGUUUUAUCCCCACAUCUUCUUCUUCUGACCUCCCAAUGGCAGUGUCUGGGUUCGAGGGAUUCGAGAAAAGACUCGAACUUCGUUUCUUCUACGACGACCACAAGGACAACUCCAUAACCAAUAACAACCCAAUGGGCCUCCGUUUAAUCGACUUCGAAUCUCUAGACCAAGUCCUAACCGAAGUGCAGUGCACGGUGGUCUCAGCCGUAGCGAAUCGUAGCUUCGACGCUUACGUCCUCUCCGAGUCGAGCCUCUUCGUCUACCCAACCAAGAUCAUCAUCAAAACGUGCGGCACCACGCAACUCCUCAAAUCAAUCCGACCGCUGAUCCACCUCGCGCGUGACGUCAACCUCACGCUACGCGCGUGCCGCUACUCCCGCGGCAGCUUCAUAUUCCCCGACUCGCAGCCGUUCCCUUACACGAGCUUCGAAGACGAAGUCUCCAUCGUCGAAGAGAGCCUCCCGAAGUCUCUCCGUCACCGUAAAGCCUCCGUCAUGACGCCGUCUAAUAAUAACAAUUCACGUGCUUGGCACGUGUUCACCGCGAGCGCUGACGUGGACCCGGACGAGUCCCUCGUCGUCGUCGAGGUCUGCAUGACGGAGCUCGACCGAGUCAGCGCGAGGAGCUUCUUCAGACGGGACGACGAGGAGAGAAACAGCGACUCCGCCGGGAGAGAGAUGACGCGGCUGAGCGGCAUCGACGGGAUAAACGCGAACGCGUUUAUAUGCGACUUCGCGUUUGAUCCCUGCGGUUACUCGAUGAACGGAGUCGACGGGGACCGUUACUCCACCAUCCACGUCACCCCCGAGGACGGUUUCAGCUACGCGAGCUUCGAGUGCGGGCUGUCUCUCCACGACGGCGGUCGCGGAGAUAUCGCGGAGGUGUUGACCCGCUCGAUCGAUGUCUUCAGGCCGGGUUGCGUGUCCAUCGCCACCACUUACAACGGCGAGGGUUAUGACCACGAGGUGACGAAGCGUGUGGAGCGCGUCUUAUCGAAGAAGCUCGGUUUAAAGUGUCGGAGCAGGCUUAUGGACGAGUUUCCGGGCUCCGGAACAGUCGUUUAUCAGUCGUUCACGCCUCGCCGGUAAAUAGCUUUCACCGGAAGGAGGGGAAACAAACAAAAAAAAGGGUUUUAGGUUUUGAACUUUUAAUUAGUCGAGAGGUGAUGACGUGGAGGGAUAUUAUUGGUUGAUUGGGUAAGGAAAUAUAUAAGUGGGAACAUAUGAUCAUGCGCCCCACUUUACACUUGUGGCAAUGUCACGCCUAUGCAUUUUUGAGGUUCUGUGUUGUAGAAUUUUAGUGGGGGAUGGUAAAAAAAUGUUUGUUUUAUUU